AUGUCGCGUCCAAAGCGGAACGCGGUUGCUCUGCCUCUCAACCCUCCUGAACAGCUUGUCCCAGUGAUAUAUGAGGGUAUCUGUGGUGCUCGCCACCCAGGAGUUAAUGGAGGAGAUGGGUUGAAGUUCACGUUUGCCGAAUUUGCCCCUAGGUCUCUUUGCCUACCAGGCGUUGGCCAUACCCCUGAGUCUUCUCAUAUGGCCUGCCGCUUUGUAGCAAACAUGGCAGCGCGCCAUCAUGUCGACCUCCUUGCCAUUCGAUCCUGGGACUGCCAAUUCUGCGGAGAGAGGGCAACUACAUUCAAUCUGGUGGUGGUCUCGUUCCUGGCCCCUGAUGUUGGAACCGUUGAGCCUGUCCGCCGCUCUGUUUGGGGGUACUGCGUGCCUAUCUGUAGGACCGCUGGGUUCUGCGAUCAGAAGGCUGGGCGGCUGGCAAGCGAAUUACGCGAUGCCCAUCUCUCAGGCCUUUCUUCCCCGUCCUCUCCCUCAUGCCUCAAGUGUGGAAGUACCAAGGAUCUUACCCCUUGUGAUGGCUGCAAGACAGUCCGAUACUGCUCUGGAGAAUGCCGCAAAGAGCACUACAGCUUGCACAAGAAAGACUGCAGGGCCGCACAGCGUGAGAGAAUAAAAGAUGAAAUUGAACAGCACAUACAGAAGCAAAGAAUGUCCAGCUAUGCGAAGUUUAAGAGGGUCUUCUACUUUUGA